CUUCACAUUUCCUCUCUCUCUCUCUCUCUCAAUUAUUACCUCCAAAAAAAAAAACAUGGCCCCAUCUUUUGGUUCUUUGCUCUUGGAACAGAAUAAUCCUUCCAUCAAGUCUCUGUCCCACUCUCACUCUUUGUGUGCUUAUUUUACCCUAAAUGGCCCAUUUUGAACCCCUUUCUCCCUUGCUUCCUCUUCUCUUCUCUCUCAUGUCUUGCAGGCUGAGGAGGAGGUUGUAGAUGAUCAGAAGGCUAUGGUAAAUUGCUAAUGGCUUCUUCCUCCUCCAGUCGUCGGCUUCCUAUGGACAAACCUACUCAGCAUCAUGAACAACAGCACCAGAACCAGCCGCCGCUCAAGUGCCCGAGGUGCGACUCUACCAACACCAAGUUCUGUUACUACAACAACUACAGCCUCUCCCAGCCCCGCCAUUUCUGCAAGGCCUGUAAGCGGUACUGGACUAGUGGCGGAACCCUGAGGAACAUCCCCGUCGGUGGCGGCUGCCGGAAAAACAAGCGGGUCAAGCGGCCCUCCGCCUCCUCUACUACUGUUUCUGCUGCCACUACUGCCUCGGAGAUGCCUCAGCCGGUGGUGGCGAGGUCGUCUAAUAUCGCUAUGUCCACCACGAGAUCGAUGGCCCACGUAAACCCUCUUUUCUUUGACAUGGGUGGUAUUUCAUACCCUAGGCUCCAUUCAACUAUUGAUCUCCCUCCUCAUCUCCCUAGUGCUCUAGGGUUAGGGUUUUCUUCGUCGGGGCUCAUGCCUAGUGAUCAUGGAUGUGGUGACACUAACUACAUCCAGGAUUUGAUCUCUUCAGCUCCAGUUCUUUCCAAUGGUUAUUCUUCUGACGAGAUCCGGUGUGUUAAUGCUGGUAUGAUUGCACCAAUCCUCGGGUCUAUGGCUCCUACAACCUCCAUGGCAAAUACUGUUCCAACUAUGGCCUCCUUGCUUGCAUCGACCAUUCAACAACAAAAGUUGUUCAGUGCCGAUCUAAAGGAUAUUCAGGCCUCGGAUGACUUCAAGAGCUUCUCUUCUUUCCAGGACUCGCGAGAUGCUGGUGACACUGAAAACGAGUUAGCUGUGAAAGAGGUAAAAGCCGAGGGUAUGAACAUGCCAGGCAGGAGUUUCGGCUUCCAGAAUCAAAUGGAGCUAUCCAAUCCAACACCGUAUUAUUGGAAUAUGUCGAGUAACAUCAGCACCUGGCAUGACCCUACGAAUACCGGAUCUUCAGUGCCUUCUCUGAUCUAGCCGAAUUACGCAAGCACUUUUCUUUAUUAGAACCAUCUCCCUCUUUCACAGUCUUCUCGGUUUUUCUUUGUCGUCUAGGUUUUGUUGGUCUUCCUUGGUUGGUUUAACAAAAUUUUAUCACCCACAAUACUAGAACAAAGUCCUGGACUCGACUAUGACACAAUGUUGUUCAGGAGCAUCUUCCGUGAGCAUUUCAUCAUGACGGCUCGUAAUUAGAUUCAGCGAAGAUGAAGAUAUAAGUUCGUGUUAUAGGUCCAGCAAUGACCAAGGGAAGAGUGAGGAUCGGAGCGUUCAUGUCAGCAGCAAAAGAAUUCCAGCCUGUUGGGUCUUUUUUUAUCGAUGCAGGUUGAGAGUCUACGAUUGCGCUGAGAGGAACCUCGGAUCCUCGUCUCGACAUCUCAUCAUCAUGGCUUUUCUUGAACAGAGAGAAUCUUUUCUUUGCAAGCUUUUGCAAACCAGUCUAUUUCUUGGAGUCACCUUUUGGGUAUGUAUGUAUAUAUAUGUAUGACUUUGCACUUUACUUUGUACUCAAUUUGUUCCUAAGUUGGGAUUGGGGUUAUUUUCCUUGGAACUGGGUAUAGUUAUAUGUCCUCAGUUUGAGCUGAUGAAAAAUGAGGAAUUUAAUUUUAAUUUUAAUUUUUUAAGUUAUUUUACAUUUUCAUUUUCUUGGGAGAUUUAAUGGGGGGAAAAUUGGGUAUACAAGAGCAAGGUCAAGAGGGAGAUGAUGUUUUAUUUACAAUUACUGACUGUUUACCUUUAUUAUUUGGGUUGAUCUUAAUUAGUCUUAUUGGUUUCAAUUUA